AUGGCGAUUCGUGUCAGUAAGCGGAUCCUUCGGUACGCGUUGCUUGCCGGUCUUUUGGUCUUUUUUGGCUGGGGAUUUUCGAAUCACGAAGCCGUAACGAGCGUAUCCCCGAAGGCAAUUCUAGACAACUUCCAAGCGCCUUUAGCGGGUUUCAAAGGGUUACAAACCAGUGGGGAUUCAAGUUCAGCCGAGAAAAUGGAAGAAGAAACGCGUAAAAAGGCAGAAAGUGCGCAAGAAGCCGGUGAAAAAUAUGAAGAAGUGGCUCCGAACCAAGAAGCGUUGGAACUGUUGAAAGCAGCAGGCGGUGAGAAUGUCACCAUGGACCAGAAUGGACUGGCUGGCUACGGCAGCGGCGACGUGAAGGCGUGUUUUGUCAGUUUGGUCAGAAACAGCGACCUGUGGUCUAUUGUUGAGUCGAUCCGUCACGUCGAAGACCGUUUUAACAACAAGUUCAAGUACACAUGGGUAUUUUUGAACGACGAAGAAUUCAGCGACGAAUUCAAGACUACGGUGUCGCGUACUGUAAGCGGUGACGCGAAAUUCGGCGUUAUCCCCGAGGAACAUUGGUCGUACCCAUCUUGGAUCGACCAGGGUAAAGCGGCGCAGACCAGGAUCGAUAUGAAGGGAAUCAUCUAUGGGGACUCUGAAAGUUACCGUCACAUGUGUCGUUUCGAGUCUGGGUUUUUCUGGAGACACCCUCUUUUGGACGAGUUUGACUGGUACUGGCGUGUCGAACCCGAUAUCAAGAUCCACUGCGAUAUCGAUUACGAUGUGUUCAAGUGGAUGCGUGACAACAACAAAGUUUACGGGUUCACGAUUUCGAUCCACGAGUACGAGGCCACUAUCAAGACGCUCUGGAAGACCACCAAGGACUUCAUCAAACUUCACCCCGAAUACGUGCACGACAACAACAUGAUGGACUUCGUUUCCGACGACAAGGGCAAAACUUAUAACUUAUGUCACUUCUGGUCCAACUUUGAAGUCGCUAACCUCAAUUUUUGGAGAUCUCAGCCGUACCGCGACUACUUUGACUACUUGGACAAAUCCGGUGGCUUCUUCUACGAACGUUGGGGCGAUGCUCCCGUCCACUCCAUCGCAGCAGCAUUGUUCUUGCCCAGAGACCAGAUCCACUAUUUCCCUGACAUUGGCUAUUACCACCCUCCUUACAACAACUGCCCACUAGACAAAGACCUUUGGACCAAGAACAAGUGCGCAUGCGACCAGAACAACGACUUCACUUUCCAGGGCUAUUCUUGUGGUAACAAGUACUUCGAAGUGAACAAAAUGGUAAAGCCUGCUGGUUGGGAUGCGCUUCACUAA